UUUGCGCAUAAAUGUUCUCGCAACGAAUUGCCGGACCAGUGCAGAUGGAUUGAGGAUGUCUGUUCCUCAAAUGGUGAAACAGAUUUUAUGUCUGGUCCUUUGUUUGAGUUUGGUCCGGGAGCAAAAGUCCUUACUCUGCGAAUAUGAAGCUACAGCACCAUCCAACCUCAAUGACUCUCUGGCGAAGUUUCUUCCUUAUCCUGACCUUCGUCUCUCUGGUCACCACAAAAUAUCUUUUCAGCAGUUGUCUGUCGGGGAGUGUGCGCAGCUAUGUCUUCAAGUGGCUCGACAAAAUAUCUACAACUGUAGUUCCUUUGAACACAUAACAGCUACACGUGAUUGUCUUUUGAUGAAGCUCUCCUGUAAAGAUCGUGAACUGCUGAUCGAUAACUCAAGAUCCUUUUAUCAACUGAAAGGCCCAAAUGAGACAAUGUCCUGUAUAGCGGUUCUCUCCUCGACUUCUUUGUCUACAAGCUUCAUUCGACCAUCCACAGCUUCUCAAAUCGCGUCUCUUACCAGCACAGUAGCGACUUUUCAGGAUACACCUAAGUUAAAGAAUGGAAGCAAUAAUCUAUAUUUUCAAGUAAAGCUGCUACUGAAAAAUGAGUCUUGGAGAGUUUCUUAUGAAAACAGAAGCAGUGAUAUGUUCAUGGACAUAUCUUCUACCGUGAAGCAAAACGUCUUGCUAACUUUGGGCAAUGCUUCUUCCAUUCUGCAAGUAUUAGUUCUUCAACUAAGGAAUUCAAGUGGCCUGGUUUCCGCAGAUAUUCGUCUAACGUUUUCAGAGCAGUUCCACAUCCGUCAUACGAACUAUUUUUACAGUUUCCUCUCCGAAAAUGAACGCUUAGGGUCAAUGCCAAUAAGUGUCAUCAAUGAUACAAUUCCGGGAAAGCCGCCCAGGAAAAUAAACGUCACCGUAGGAGGGUCAACGGUGCUUCAUGUCUCAUGGUCAUCUGAGAGAACACAACAGAUGAUAGAGAACUGGGGACUAAGGGUCAUUUACAAAGCCGCUGAUAACAUUACACGCUCUGUCAUAGUGAAUGAUAACCAAUCAGAAGUUAAAAUAUCAAAACUACAACCUGGUACCACGUACACAAUUUGGACCGUACGCGUGACUUCAAAAGGGUUCGGGCUUCCCUCUAAAGCCCGCAAUAUCACCACACCACAUCAAGCUCCACAGGAUAUCAUCAUACAUUUCAGAGUGUUACUGAUAAAUGUGUCAUGGGAAGCUCAGCUUGGAAACAAGAGUAGCGAAACUUUUAGGAAUUUGUCAUCCGUCAUAGAAAACAGCGUUAGAGUCUCACAUCAAAAUGAUUCAUUCUAUAACAACGUUUCAAGUGUAUUAUUCAGCAACUACAGUGGUGAGACUAUGGUUUCCAUCGAGGCCCUUUACGAUCCAAACAGCAAAAUGAGGGACUUUCACACCAUAUAUGAGGCCCUCUACAUUGAGCAAAGGCUGCUGAACCUGCAAAUAGAAGUGAUUGAUGACAACAUUCCAGGAAAGCCACCCCAAAAUGUCACUUCAAAACCGCUAAGUCCGUCAGCCAUCAGCGUUACCUGGGAAAUUCCUCGAUCGAACCACUGUGAGGUUUUCCCACUUCAAGGAUUUCGUAUUUUCUAUUCUUUACAAACAAAUUUGACUAAUAUUCGAUUCGUGGACGUGAAAAGCCCUUCAAAUCAUAUCGUCAUACAAAAUCUGGAAAAUUUUGAAAAUUACUUGCUAUGGGUACAGACAAUAACUCCACGAGGCCUUGGGCCGAAAAGCACAGCAGGGUUAACGAGGACGUUAGAAAAAGUUGUUCCUAUCAACGCAUCAGUACGGCUGAUUAACAAGGAAUGGACAGAUGAGUUGUUAAAUUCAACAUCGAUCUUCUUCAUGAAUCUAACAAAGCAGUUACAAACUCAGGUGGCAGGUCUUUAUCCAAAUGAAAUACAUCUGCGAGAUAUAGUCAUUCAUCGCUUCAGGAAUUACAGUGGUGAAGUCGUGGUUGAUAUAGUAAUUACCUUUGGUCAACAAGUGGAAAUGGAACAGUUUAUAACUCUUUACCAGGCACUCUACAGAAACGGCUCAGUUGGGGACUUAUCAGUGCACCCUAUAUGGGACAAUAUUCCAGGAAAACCUCCAGAAAACGUACUAGCUCUUGCCUCAAGUACAACAAGCAUUCGAGUGAAAUGGAACAGGGUCCCACGUGACUCCGAUAUCAUACAGUUUAAGGUUUAUUACGAAACAGCAAACAGUCAAAAUGAAACCACCUCAAUGAUUAACGUCAACGUAACAGAAGACAGCGUGGAGAUUGGAAGACUCAAAAAGUUCGUCAACUAUACCGUCUGGGUGAGAAGUGUUUCAAGACAAGGUCUUGGUGUCUCCAGCCUUCCGAUCUACGUCAGAACAUUGGAAGAUGUUGUCCCAAUCAACUUGACAGUUCGUUUCACCAGCAUGAAAUGGAAUGUAAAUCUUUCCAAUCCAGAGAGUGAUAACUUCAACAACCUGUCUAAAAUAAUACGAGAAAGUGUAUUUGUAUUGUAUGGCCAGGAGUCGAGCUAUCUACGAGAUGUGCAAUGUCAUCGGUUUACAAAUGGAAGUGUCUUGGCAGAUAUGACUAUCGUUUAUGGUCAAAAUGUGGGACCCCAACAGUUUGGUAUUAUUUACAAAGCAUUGUAUCAAGAUGGAGGAAUAGGAAACUUGUCCGUUCAACCGGUCAGCGACAAUGUGCCUGGUAAACCGCCAACCAACGUUACCGCCAAAUCUAAAACCUCCACCGCCAUCGAAGUCACUUGGCUAUGUAUCGACUGUCAACAACACAACUUCACUGUAGGAUUUCUUGUAUCCUAUAAACCUAAUAGCAAUAACCAGACAGUAGGUCGAUCUGUGAACAGGACUGUAAGAGAGCUCUUGAUAACUGGGCUGAAGAAGUACACAAACUACACGAUAUACGUGACCAGUAUAACGAUCUGGGGACAGGGUUUAUCGAAUGAACGACUGUCUAUACGAACACAAGAAGAUGUGCCCAGUCUUGCUCCAACAAAUCUUCGCGCGCAUAACACAAGCUCGACAAGCCUUCAAGUAGCCUGGGAACCACUUCCUGUCAGUCAAGUCAAUGGCAUUUUGUUGGGUUACAAAGUGACUUACAAGAAACACGAGGUAAUACACGCCUUAGAGCAAAGCGUGAACGCGACGGUCAAUUUCACCAUACUCAUUAGAUUGGAAAAGUUCACAGUUUAUGAUGUAAAUGUUUCGGCGUUUACUCGUGUUGGGAACGGACCAGAAGCCAAUGUGACGGUAUCGACAGAUCAGGACGUUCCCAGUCUUCCACCAACCAACCUUGCAGCAUAUAACACAAGCUCGACGAGUUUGAUGGUGACCUGGAAUCCCGUUCCACAGGGAUUCACUCACGGGAUUGUUCUGGGAUACAUGGUGUUGUACAAGAGAGAGAGAGAUGUAAAUGAGAGUUACUCAAAUAUAACAAGCGUGGUAACCUCUGCACAGCUCACCAAUCUUGACAAAUUUACGAUGUACAGUAUCAAAGUUUUGGCGUUUACAAUCAAAGGAAAUGGAGCGAUGACAAAUUACACUUAUGAGAGAACACAUGAGGAUGUUCCCAGUCUACCACCCGAACAACUUGCAGCUCAAAAUACCAGUUCAACCAGUUUAUCGGUCACGUGGUUACCUAUACCUAACGGAUUCGUGCAUGGCAUCCUACGGGGUUAUCGUGUGCUGUUUAAAACAGAUCAGGAAAUUUCUUACCGCAAUGUGACAACAGGCAAUCAAAGCUUUGAGUUGACAGGCCUUGAGAAGUUCACUAAUUACACUGUUAAGGUUUUGGCGUUUACUAGCAUUGGUGAUGGAAAUAAAUCUGACCCUGUCAUCGUGCCGACUGAUGAAGAUGUUCCAAGUCUUCCGCCUCAAAACGUGAGCUCUUUCAACACAAGCUCGACUAGUAUCCGUGUAAGCUGGCAUGAGGUGCUCCAUGGCUUUGUCCACGGCAUUCUACUCGGUUACCGCGUUCUGUACAAAGAAGCUAAUGGAUCAAAGAAUCAAAGCGUUGUUUCAAUCUCAGCAAAUGUGAAAUCAAAGGAAUUGCAAGGAUUAGAAAAAUUCACCAUCUAUGAAAUUUCAGUCUUAGCAUUUACAAGAAUUGGAGACGGAAUCAACUCUACUGCACUAUUCGUCUCAACAGACGAGGACAUACCCAGUCUACCCCCAUCUAAAGUGACAGCGCACAAUACCAGCUCUACCAGCCUUCUGAUGACCUGGGGUGAGGUACCAAAGGGAUUUAUUCAUGGAAUUCUCCGGGGGUACCGAGUCUUCCACAGGAGGACUGAUGAUGAGGAAAGCUACUAUCUUAACUCCACCACAGAGCCAACCGAGCGUAAACUUCACAUCACAGGCUUGAAAAAGUUCACGGAAUAUUCAGUGAAAGUGUUGGCUUUCACAAUAAAGGGCGACGGAGAAGUGUCCAAUAACAUUUCUGUUAUGACAGAUGAAGAUGUUCCCAGCUCUCCUCCUCAAAGUGUCCGCUCAUUCAACACAAGCUCUACAAGUGUGAACGUGACGUGGCUGGAGGUUCCCACCGGAUUUGUUCACGGUAUAUUACUGGGUUACAGAGUAUUCUACAGUAUAACCCAACACCAACCUACAAGUGUUCCUUACACCAUUGUGUCUGCCAACAAACUGUCCAAGGAACUAACGAUGUUGAAAAAGUUUACUAACUACACGAUACAAUUGGCUGCCUAUACCAGGAUUGGAGACGGAACAAAGUCACCGUCAUUCAUAGUUUCUACUGAUGAAGAUGUUCCCAGUCGUCCUCCUCAAUAUCUCUGGGCAAACAAUAUCAGUUCAACAGCUCUAAAUAUCACGUGGAACCCAGUACCAACAGGAUUUGUUCACGGCAUAUUACGAGGUUACCGAGUACUAUAUAAAGAAACGAACAAGCCUUCAGCACCGUUUACAAAGAUCACUGUUCCUCCCAGGGUCAGAAACAUAGAAAUAAAAGAUCUUAAGAAAUUUACUAACUACAGCAUAAUGGUCCUUGCAUUCACCAUAAAAGGAGAUGGUGCUCAGUCUCCAACGAUCAAAGUUUCAACAGACGAAGACAUUCCAAGCGAGACGCCACAAAACGUUUACGCCAGGGAUGAGGCGAGCGCCACAAAAAUCUACGUGUCAUGGCAAAGUCCACCCGUGCCCUCCCUACACGGUAUUCUUCGUGGCUACUUUAUAUGGUAUAGCAUCAUUAGACUUGGCAUUAAUGAUAAAACACCAGUUUUUCCAAAUGACUACGUCAAGAAGCAAUUAUCAGCGUCUUCGAACGACGACGUACUUAUUGAUCUAGAGAGCUACGCUAAAUAUGACAUAAAAAUCGCAGCUUUUACUAGCAAAGGACAUGGACCCACUAAAGACAUAACCACAAGAACCUGCAGAUGUCGCUCUUCCAUUCCAACAAACUGGUGGAACAAUCCUCCAUACGUAAGCUCUCAACCUAACAGCAACAGCAGUAAGGAUAGUGGCAUUAUACCAACCAUCUUGGAGCAAAUAGUAACUCACUGCUGCCAAACCUGCGCUGAGUUUGGUUCCACGACAGUUGACUUCACCACUGAUGCGGACGGGUUAGAGGCCAAGAAAUAUGGCGUCAUAGAGGUCAAGGACGCUAUCAGCACCAAGACGAUGAUUUCUUUUGGGAUUGCUGGAGUGAUGCCACAGGAGAUCUACCAUAGUCCGGAUGGCAAUGCCGAGUAUAUACCAAUUAUGGAGACACCAGGCGUGGCGUUUAUCAUUGCUGAAAGAAGAGAUAUUCACAAGGAAGUCCUACUCGCGAUCCUCAGCUGCUGGCCUGCUGUAGUUAUUGCCUGUUUUAUGACAUACCUCGCUGGAAUCGUGGUGUGGGCUUUGGACAUGAACUGGAAUCAUGUUGACUUCCCCAAAUCUUUCUUAGCGGGAUCACUGGAAGGAUUCUGGUGGUCGUUUGUUACUAUGACAACAGUUGGGUACGGUGAUAGAAUUCCAAAGUCCAUUCCCGCGCGGUCAUUUGCCUUUUUGUGGACUUGGACUGGUAUCGCCACAAUAGCUGUUGUUACAAGCAGCAUUACAGCUUCUUUAAUGAGUAUGGUGUUCCGGUCAGAAAAGAUGCUAUAUGGAACAAAGUUGGCCGCCAUUUCUAACUCCACUGAAUACAAGCUGGGACUCAGACGAAAUGCCAUAUUAGACACAGACCGAUCAUACGGGAACUUGUAUGAUAUUUAUGACGACCUUGAAAAUAACCGGGUACAUGCAGCACUUUUGGAUUCGUACUCGACAGCGAGUGAGAGCAAGUUGUUCAGCAAGGACUGGAUCCGAGUGAUAGAGAUUAUACCCGUCAGAUACGAAUCUGCUAAUGGCCUGGUACUGACCGGAGAUGCCACUAGAUUGGCGCGCUGUUUUCGGCGCUACGUGAGAUCGGAAACAGACAGCAUUCAUAGAAUUAUACAGAAAAAAGUUGGAUCAAUUGAGGCAGGUGAUGUUCCUUUCGCCGUGAAGACAUCUUCAGAGUUGCUGACGGAAGAGUCUUACGUGUAUGUCAAUACAGUCAUCAUCCUCGGUGCAUCCUUAGGUGUCUUCACUCUAUGUGGUCUCUUGUGGCAUUAUUGCUUCUACAAGAGGACGCUACCACCAAAGUCUUCUGAGUCAGCCGAAGACACAGUGGUAAUCGACGGGUCAGGAGAAUCACCAAUAACUCGUCAAGAUAUAAUGGAGCAGCUAAAACAAGAUAUCGCCGAGUUUUAUGCAUCCUUUCGACGAAGGUAUCUUGCUUUACGAAGAAAACAUAUCAAACAGAUCAGGGAGUUCAGAAGAGAGAACGGUGGUAAUCUAGACACAGUCACAGAGUUCAGGAGACUGACGGAGUUAACGGCAAGUCGAAGAGGAAAUUACAUGGUGACAAGAGACGCAGAUAUCAACUCGAUAUUUGAAGGACUGGACAUGACAAUAUUCGACAAAAGAGGCAGUAAACGAUGGUGAAUUGACACUAACGAGUCAACCGUCCUAUGCAGAUGUACGCUGAAAAACGAAGAUACCAGCGAUUGAUAUUCUUGAGUAAUAGAAUUAAAGCAAAUACUUAAAAACA